AUGGGUCAAUCCGACAAGAGCUCCUCGGACAAGGCCGACGUCGUCUCGGUCGCGCCCACCGUGCGCGACCGGGAAGAGGAACGUCUCGCAGCACUCGGCUACAAGCAGGAGUUCGCCCGCGAGUUUACCAACCUGUCGACGAUCUCGUUCGCCUUUUCGAUCAUGGGCGUCGCGUCGUCGGUUGCGACGACGCUCGACACGCCUCUUCUGCUCGGCGGUCCUGCGUCAGUCAUCUGGUGCUGGUUCAUCGGCUCCAUCUUCUGCUUCUGCCUCGGCCUGUCCAUCGCCGAGCUCGUCUCGGCCUACCCUACUUCUGGAGGACUGUACUCGGCGUCAGCCUACCUCGUCCCGCACCGGUUUCGCGCGGUCGUCGGCUGGGUCGUCGGCUGGCUCAACCUCCUCGGCCAAGUCGCAGGCGUCGCAAGUACCGAGUGGGGCCUGAGCGGCAUGAUCCUCGCCGCCGCGACCAUCUCGACCGACGGCAGCUACGUCGCAGGCGCCGGUCACCAGAUGGCGGUCUACUGCUUCCUGCUCGUCGUGCACGGCAUCAUGAACGCGAGUCGCCUUCUCACGUCGUCGUCCGCCUCGACUCGAGUCCUCUGCGUCGGGACCAAGGCCAUCUCGCUCAUUACCAAGUGCUUCGUCUUUAUCAACCUCGGCGCCGUCAUUGCCGUCGUCAUCGCGCUCGGCGUCACCUGCGACGACAAGCAUUCGGCGUCGUACGUCUUCACGAGCGUGCAGAACCAAAGCGGGUGGCAGUCGGACGGGUUCGCGGUCCUGCUCGGCCUCCUUUCCGUCCAGUGGACGAUGACUGACUACGACGCGACGGCGCACAUCAGCGAGGAGGUCAAGGAGGCGAGCAUCCGGGCGCCAGUCGCCAUCAUCGUCGCCGUACUCGGAACUGGCAUCGCCGGCCUUGUCUACAACAUCCUCUACGUCCUUUGCUCCGGCCCGAUGGACGAGCUCCCCGGCGUGUCAGGCUACUCGGCCGCCACUAUCAUCGUGCGGAGCGUCGGCAAGCCCGGCUUCUACGUCCUGUGGAGCCUCAUCUGCUUUACCGCGUUUGCCGUCGUUUCGACGGCCCUCCAGGCCAACGCGCGCACCUUCUUCGCGUUCUCGCGAGACGAGGGUCUUCCCGACAAGGGUCUGUUCCAGCGCCUCGCGCCCAACAAGGUCCCGAUGUACGCCGUCUGGCUCGUCUGCUUCAUCUGCGCAUGCCUCGGGUGCCUCUCGUUCGCGAGCGACGUCGCGGUCAACGCCGUCUUCUCGCUCUGCGCCAUCGCCCUCGACACGUCGUACGCCGUCCCGAUCGCCUGCAAGCUCAUCUUCCGGAACCAUCCCGAGAUCGACUUCGAGCCGGGCCCGUUCAAGCUGCCCGGCAUCCUCGGCACCGUCAUCCCGUCCAUCGCCGUCGCGUGGACCGCCUUUACCGUCACGAUCCUCGCCUUCCCCGAGACGCUGCCCAUCACGGCCGAGUCCAUGAACUACUCGACUACGCUCCUCGGGUUCGUGAUCCUCAGCUCGCUCGUUUGGUUCGCCCUUGACGCCAAGAAGCGGUACAUCGGGCCACGCAUCAACAUGCACUAG